AUGACUGGAAGGACAACACGUCCAGUACCGACCACCACACUGCAGCAAUCAACAACCCCACAGUGGAAUUCUACUGCUGCAACUACACAGCCACUGACGACUAAACCAACAACACCUCCAACCACUCCACCCACAACACCUCCAACCACUCCACCGACCACUCCACCGACAACACCACCAACCACUCCACCGACAACACCACCAACCAAUCCACCAACAACACAACCAACCACUCCACCGACAACACCACCAACCACUCCACCGACAACACCACCAACCACUCCACCGACAACACCACCAACCACUCCACCGACAACACCACCAACCACUCCACCGACAACACCACCAACCACUCCACCGACAACACCACCAACCACUCCACCGACAACACCACCAACCAUUCCACCGACAACACCUCCAACCACUCCACCGACAACACCACCAACCACUCCACCGACAACACCACCAACCACUCCACCGACAACACCACCAACCACUCCACCGACAACACCACCAACCACUCCACCGACAACACCACCAACCACACCACCGACAACACCUCCAACCACUACACCGACAACCCCUCCAACCACUCCACCGACAACACCACCAACCACUCCACCGACAACACCUCCAACCACUCCACCGACAACACCUCCAACCACUCCACCGACAACACCUCCAACCACUCCACCGACAACACCACCAACCACUCCACCGACAACACCACCAACCACUCCACCGACAACACCACCAACCACUCCACCGACAACACCACCAACCACUCCACCGACAACACCACCAACCACUCCACCGACAACACCACCAACCACUCCACCGACAACACCACCAACCACACCACCGACAACACCUCCAACCACUACACCGACAACCGCUCCAACCACUCCACCGACAACACCACCAACCACUCCACCGACAACACCUCCAACCACUCCACCGACAACACCUCCAACCACUCCACCGACAACACCUCCAACCGCUCCACCGACAACAACACCAACCACUCCACCGACAACACCACCAACCACUCCACCGACAACACCACCAACCACUCCACCGACAACACCACCAACCACUCCACCGACAACACCUCCAACCACUCCACCGACAACACCACCAACCACUCCACCAACAACAACACCAACCACUCCACCGACAAUACCACCGACCACUCCACCGACAACACCUCCAACCACUCCACCGACAACACCACCAACCACUCCACCGACAACAACACCAACCACUUCACCGACAACACCACCAACCACUCCACCGACAACACCACCAACCACCACCCCGACAACACCACCAACCACAACCCCAACAACACCACCAACCACUCCACUGACAUCACCACCAACCACAACCCCGACAACUCCACCAACCACAACCCCGACAACAACACCAACCACUACUCCGACGACACCACCAACCACUACUCCGACAACACCACCAACAACUACACCGACAACACCACCAACCACAACCCCGACGACACCACCAACCACAACCCCGACAGCACCCCCAACCACAACCCCGACAACACCACCAACCACAACACCGACGACACCACCAACCACUACUCCGACAACACCACCAACAACUACACCGACAACACCACCAACCACAACCCCGACGACACCACCAACCACAACCCCGACAACACCCCCAACCACAACCCCGACAACACCACCAACCACAACACCGACAACACCACCAACCACCACCCCAACCACUGGACCGACCACAAUUCCUCCCACCACUACACCAUUCCCGGUCAUCACUCCGGGAUGUCCGGAGAGCGGCUGUCGUGUUCGCAGGGAGUUCCUUCACAUGAGCUCGGCGGAGCAGGAUGCUUUCGUCGGCGCACUCUUGGCUGUGUCGCAAAUACCUCAAUUCCAGCCCACCUAUGAUCACCUGAUGGCAACGCACACAAACCAUUUCAACACGGGAACUCACACUCCGCAGCAGUUCUUGCCAUGGCACCGAUGGUUCCUACUGCAAAUGGAGAACUUACUACGACAGAUCCACUGCAGCAUCACCAUCCCAUUUUGGGACUGGUCUCGCUACUCAUCCGCUCCGUUUACGGCACCAUUAUGGACGAACCCCAAUCUUCUGGGUGGUGAUGGGGAUACCUCAGCAGGAGACUGUAUUCAAACGGGCCCUUUCGCGGGGCCGUUAUGGACAGUUCGACCAGAUGGCUCCUGCCUGCGACGCAAAUUUAGCGGUACCAUGCCCACUAUGGCUAGCAUAAACCAGUCGUUUGCAAUCCCCGCUGCGCAGUUCCUGCAGUUUGAGUCGACCGUUAGGACGACAUUCCACGACGCACCUCGGUGCAACGUCGGCGGCACAAUGUGCUCGAAUCGCUCCAGCAAUGCCCCCGAGUACUGGCUCUUCACGGCAUUCACGGACUCGAUCUGGAGUACGUACCAGAACAUAAGUACAGCGCAUCACGACGCUUUCUUCCCGUCCAUCACGGCACCGUUGACGGGCACCGGGGGAACGGCGUUCCCGUCGGAAUACGUCGACAAUGCCGAGCUUCCCGGCGGCGUGUGUGUUCAGUAUCAGUCCGAUCUCCAGCCUGUUCCCACGGGUACGCCAGCUACCACCGACGACGGGGGCAUUAUCAUCGGCCCUGGUGCCGGUGGGCCGACCAACCCCAGUGGAGGCGGCGGCGGCGGGGGCAUCAUAGUGAAUGGCGACCAAGAUGCCGAGCAAGCGGAGGACGAACAAUCCGAGAAUAUCUUUGGCUUGUAGAAUUUCACGACCAGUCAUUCAUCUCCCAGUCUGCGUUGCAGCUUGAUUUUAUUACUUAGCCCUCACCGAUGCAUGACACAAAUAUGACCCUGUUCUCCCCCCCCCCCAAUCCUUCACACAAUUUGUUCUCGUCUAAAAUUUACAAUUUCAGCCUUACCUUACUAUAUUGAACUCUACAAGUGUAUAUAUUAUGCAGUUCAUGGUGGCCAUGGGCAUAGCUAACCUCAGCGGCUCGCGGUAUGAAGCCACUGCUAGUAAUUCACAAAAUUAUCUAUUUUCCAAUAGGCUUCACCCACAAAUUUGACAAUAGUCCGUAGGACCUUUUUAUAGUAGUUUGCUAGAAUCAUUAGUACAAUGUCAUGCUGCUGUCGUUUCACUUUUAAGAUUUUAAUCGCCAUUCAACCAUUGAAUGUUGUGAUUCAUUGUUUCAAAUGUAACGCAUAUAAUUAUUAUUCGGAAUUCAUAAUUAUGUUACGUGUGAACAGCAUCAAAACCGGCUCCGGA